AUGUCUUUCAGGAAAACAACAAAUAAGACGUCCCACUCGUCCCCACUAAAGCGGCUCGGUUCUGGCGUCGCCGGCUUGCUGAAGAGCCAACCAGCUGAAACAGGCUCACUGCGGUCCGCCAAGAAAAAUGGCACAACAUCUAUCGAGAGGCAGUCGUCUAUAAUAUCCUUUCCUCAAUCUACUAGCGGGUCGGAUAAUUCAAAGGAAGACCUUCGCAAUGCACAGUUGGCUGCUGAGCUGCGCGAGAAGCUUGCCACUGCUCAGUCUACUAUCGCCGCGAAGGAGGAAUCCAUAGUAACUCUGCGGAAGCAUGAGGAAGCGUUGACCGCCUCUUUACAAGAUGCGCGACGGGAGCUGGAAACUCAAAAGUCUGCCUUACAAACCGCGCAAGACGCUCAGGCCGAAAAUAGCGGGAACGUGCAGGAGCAGCUGAGGGCAUUGCAGACGGAGCUUGAGAGCUGUCAGAGUGCCUUGUCACAUGCGCGGCAAGAGCUGGACAGCUCGAAGGCUGCGAUCGAGACAAAGACAGCCGAAGAGGAAGCAGGGCGGAGCGUACGAGCCGCUGCGGAGGAAUCUCUUGUCAAAGUGCAAACGGAACUCGAAGAGUCCAAAGCGGCGCGUUCGCGCGCACUAAUGGAGUUGGAGGCGAAGACGUCCGAGGCAGCGUCCGAGCACAGCGCACGAGUCAAUGCGGAGGAGCAGCUUCGGCAGUUCCUGGUCGAGAAGGGCGAGCUGGGCGCGUCGAAUGUGCGGCUGCGUGAGGACUCCGCAAAUAAGGACGCUGAGCUUGACAACGAGCGCACCGCUCGCAAUGCCCUGCAAGGCAAAUUGGACGAGGCGCUUGCGGAGAAACAGCAGCUCGAUAACGCGCUCUCACAGACGCGGCGCGAGUUGAAGGCGAAGGAGUCACAAUUCGAAGCAGAGCGGUCGACACGUCAGCAGGUCGAAGGCGCUCUGGAAUCUCUGCAGGCAGAGAAACGUGGCGAUAAAGAAUCACACGCGCGGGCAGUACGGGAACUCGAGGCGAAGAUCGACGAGGAACGCGUGUCUAGGCGGGAGUUCGAGGAGCGGCUGGAGGCUGAGAAGCGCCAGAUCGAUUACGCUCACGAGAAAGCUCUCUCCGAGCUCAAGCAGAAGAUAAUUGAGGCAGACACAGAGCGCGAACUCCGUGUGAAGCUGGAAUCACAAGUCGAGGCGCUCCAGAGGGAGCAACAAGAAUCCGUUGCCUCGCAUUCUCACAUUCAGACUGAGCUCGAGACCAAGGUCGCUGCUGAGCACGAUGCCUUGGUCAAACUCCAGGAAAAGCACGAGCUUCUGUUGAAGGAGAGACGGGCGCUUGAGGACGCAUCCUCCAAGUCGCAGGCUGAGCUUACUGUGAGGCUCGCUUCUGCGGUCGCGGAAACCUCUCGGGUCAACCGAGAACUCGAGGAGAAGCUCGCUGAGAUCAACGAGGCGCGCAGCUCUCGAGAUGCUCUACAGGAGAAGAUGGACGCGUUGUUCGCCGAGAAGCAGCAUCUGGAAGAGCUCAUGUCGCACGCUCGCAACGAGCUUCAACAGAAAGCCUCGGAAGUUGACGCAGGGCUUAGGGCGCGUGCCGAGGCAGAAGCAAGGGUGGAGGCAUUGCAGGUGGAGAAGCGCGCUGCGGAGGACUCGCAUUCGAAGUCAAUCAAGGAGCUUGAGGCGAAGAUCGACCAGGAACGCACCUCCAAGCUCCAGAUCGAGGACUCGUUACGAACAGCUCAAGCCGACAAACGCCAGCUCGACGAAGCUCAUGCGCAGGCUCUCUCCGAAAUCCAGGAGAAGACUGCCGAGGCGAACGCUGAGCGCGAGCACCAUGCUAGACUGGAGCAGGAACUUCGCACGGUGAAGGGAGAAUACCAACAAUUGCUUGCCUCGCAGUCAAGCAGUCAGACAGAGCUCGAAGCCGAGAUCGCUGCUGAGCGCGUCGCUCGAGUCCAACUCGAGGAAGAACGCGAGCAUCUCCUGUCGGAGAAGCGGAAUCUCGAAGUUGUGUACUCGAACACCAAGACGGAGCUCCAGGAAAAGACUUCUCUAGCAGCUGCAGAGCAUGCGCGCUUGCAAGAGGAGCUCGAUAGCAAGGUCGCCGAGGCCGCCGAGGAGCGCAGUGCACGUGUCGAGCAAGAGCAGGCACUCGCCCAUGCGCAGGCGGAAAGCGAGCGCUUGGAAGCGGAUGUCUCUCAGAUACAGGCCGAGUUGGAAGCGAAGGCUAUUGAGGCCCGUACCGAGCACGAAGUGCGCUUGAAACUGGAGAACGGGAUUCAGCGGCUGCAGACGGAGGUGCAAGAGGUGGAGAGCAUGCAUACGCGGAGCAUUCAGGAACUUGAGGCGCGGGCGGACGAAGUGCACGCUGCUCGUGUGAACGUUGAGAACCAGCUGAACGCGGCCAAAGCAGGCUUGGUGGAGCUGAAGGCGGCGCAUUCACAGGCAGUGUCGCAGCUUGAUGCUGCAAUCUUGGAGAGGAACGAGCAGCAGCGAUCGCUCGAUGAACUCCGGAAGGAGUUGCAGUCACUCCAGCGGCAGCAUGACGAGACGUUAUCCUCCCGUUCGCGUAGCGCAGCCGAACUUGAAGCCCAGGUCCUCGCAGAGGUCGAGGCUCGGACGAAGCUCGAGCAGGAGCACGAACGUCUGCUUGCCGAGAUGCAGGAACUCCAAUCGUCAUGCUUAAGCACGAAGUCUGAGCUUGAAGAUAAAGCCACCCUUAUCGCUGGGGAGUACGAAGCGCGCGUUCGGCUAGAACAAGAGCUUAAGGCUUUGCAGGCCGAGCACCAGGAGCUUGCAGCGUCCAGAUCCCGCACAUGUGCAGAACUUGAUGCCCAAGUUACCGAGACCGACUUGCAACGCAAUGCCCGCAUGCGAAUUGAAGAGCAAUUUCACGUACUCCGGACGAAGCAGGAGGAACUCGAGGUUUUGUAUUCUCUCAGCCAGACUGAAGCCGCGGAGAAGUCAGCCGAAGUGCACGCAGCGAUACAGGCUCAGUCUAGGCUCGAAGACGACACUUGCGCUCUGCAAAUGCGUAUCCGAGAACUCGAGUCCGCGCAUGCGCAGGCUCAGGCAGAGCUGGAGUCGAAGAUGGCCGAGAUUGACAGUCUUUCCAUUCACCUCGAGGCUUUAGCACAGGAGAGACAGCGGCUGAGAAACAGGAACGAGCGAAAGUCGUCUUCGGUAUCCAAGCUCGAGGCAGAGCUGUUUGAUAUGAAGCAGGCUCGCGAGAGUGCGGAGCGCGAACGUGUCGAGGUGUACGAGCUGGUCGAGAGCCUCGAGCAGCGCCUCACAAACCAGACGACCGACGUCCAGCGCAGCGCGGCUGAGAUGCAUCAGAAGGAUAUCGAGCUCAGGAAGAAAGAGGACGAGCUGCGUAUAUCGAGACGAACUGCUGAUCAGCUCCUGGCGAGGUUGCGCACAGUCCAAACAUCGAACGAACAAGGUCUACAGCUCGAGCAAAAGUUGAAGGAAGCAAGUGCAGCUUUGGUCGCUGCGCAGACAGAGAUUGAGGUUCUGAGAGAGGAGGUGAAACGUGCUCAGCGGCGCAGGAAAGCAAACAAGUCGGGUCAUCACUAA